AUGCGCUUUUCGCACGUCGCUGUUGCUCUCCUCCCUGCCGCUGGCCUGGGGGCCGCCGCCGUUGAGCUUCUCACAGACAUCAAUCAGAUUUCAAGGAAUUGGGGUCAGAUCUCGCCCUACGCCGAUAACGCCGACGACUAUUUCGGCGUCGAGUAUGUUGGGCUUCCCGAAGGCUGUCAGAUCGAAUCCGCGAGCAUCCUUCAGCGCCACGCACAGCGUUUCCAAGGUUCUGGAGCAGAUGACGGGGGCAACGACUUCAACUUUGCGCAGAAGGUAUCGAACUUCACGAGCUCGAAUGCGAAUGCCUCCUUUACGGGCCCGCUGGCCUUCCUGAACAACUACCGGUACAACUUGAACGCCAAUGGACUACUCACGGGGCUGGGCGCGGUAACCGAGUUCAACUCGGGGGUGAUGUUCUGGAAUCGCUACGGUAGAAUCCUUUACAACGCUACUGUCGCGCAACUUGCGUACAAUGCCAGCUUCCCGAACGGCACGGCGAGGGAGCCGGUCGUGCUGAGGACCACAAGCCAGUCGAGAAUCCAGAAUAGUCAGAUCAACUGGGCGCUUGGAUUCUUUGGGACCAGCUUCCAGGCCACUCCGGAUCCAACCCUCGAGAACGCUACUGAGCCAUUCAAGGUGGUUAUCAUACCUGAGGGGGGAUCUGAGAACAACACCCUGGCUUCGUAUGAUAGCUGCUUUAAUGAUUACGAUCCGGUGGAGGGCUAUCUUGGAGAUCUUGAUCUCUUCACAUAUAUCCCGAAGUAUUUGGGUGGGGCAACUAGGAGAUUGCAGAAGUAUGUCCCCUCGGGGUUUCAGUUGAACGUCAAUGAUACAUAUGCCAUGCAGAGCAUCUGUGCGUAUGAAUAUACAUUCAUGGGAAUGUCUGACUUCUGUACCCUGUUUACCGCAGAGGAGUGGGCGGGCUUCGAGAACUCUUUGGAUAUAGAAUAUUACUACGAUUAUUCAUUUGGCAACCCAACUGGGCGGGCUGAAGGAAUUGGCUACGUUCAGGAACUGAUCGCCCGGCUAACUAACACAUACAUCACCUCCUCCAACUCCUCCGUAAACUCUACCUUGGACGAUAAUGCUACCACCUUCCCCCUCGGCCAGAAAUUCUACGCAGAUUUUAGUCACGAUGACAUUAUCAUCUCCGUCCUGACUGCACUCUCCCUGGAUUACAUCCACGAUCCCCCAUCUCUGACCCAGUACCCUCCGAAUCCGAACCGAAAGUUCAUCCUGAGCCAUCUAACCCCCUUCGGCGCACGACUGGUGACGGAGACGAUCGGCUGUGCAGUGCCUGACCCUCACCCCGUGAAGGACUUCCGCGUCCAAUACACGCCGGAGCAAUACGGCUAUGACGCCUCGAACGCGACGCACAAGUUCAUCCGGAUGCGCCUGAACAACGGUAUCUUACCUCUAAACACCAUCCGCGGCGGCCACUGCGGGAACGCCACGACUGGACGCAUCGAUGGCAUGUGCGCCAUGAACGAUUUCUUGCAGAGUCAGGCGAAUAGCUAUGCCUUGAGUAACUACCAAUAUGCGUGCUUCGGGAACUACACCAUCACGAACGCGACGAGCGGGAAGGACUAUGAUGGGACGAUCUUCCCAUCCGCAGCUAGAAAGCCGUGA